GGCCGGAACUGCCAUCUUCCAGUAAUUCGCCAAAAUGACCAACACAAAGGGAAAGAAGAGAGAUACUCGCUAUAUGUUCUCUAGGCCUUUUAGAAAACAUGGAGUUGUUCCUUUGGCAACAUACAUGCGAAUCUACAAGAAAGGUGAUAUUGUGGACAUCAAAGGAAUGGGCACUGUUCAAAAAGGAAUGCCCCACAAAUGUUACCACCGCAAAACUGGAAGAGUCUACAAUGUUACCCAGCAUGCUGUUGGCAUUGUUGUAAACAAACAAAUUAAGGGCAAGAUUCUCGCUAAGAGAAUUAAUGUACGUAUCGAACACAUUAAGCACUCAAAGAGCCGAGACAGCUUCCUGAAGAGUGUGAAGGAAAAUGAUCAGAAAAAGAAGGAAGCCAAGGAGAAAGGUACUUGGGUUCAACUGAAGCGCCAGCCUGCCCCACCCAGAGAAGCACACUUUGUGAGAACCAAUGGAAAGGACAAGAAACUGACAGUGGAGGAACGGAGGAAUGGAGGCCAUCGCCCCACAGCACUCAAGGAACUGAACCCACCCAGCAACCACAGGAGUGAGCUUGAAGUGAGCCUCGCCCCAGCAAUGGAAGACUAUACAAACGGGAGCUACCCAGACGCCCAAAAAGUUGAGGAGAGGAAAAGGGUAUCAGGACCCAGAGGAGAACAACCUGCCCUGGGAGGAACAACCUUCAGUAAAGCGACACAGCCCAUGUCCUCCAUUUAUGGCAUCACUCAUGCUGAGCUUGUCAAGGAGUCACCAAACUGCUGGAGUGAAGCAUCCUCUCCCAGACUCAGCAUCCCCAACCUUGAAGCGAUUUCUGUAAUACCACCACCCACCACCAGGGGCAGUGGGACUCAACAUUUCUUCUUGGAGCAAACGCCCUGA